GUUUGGGCUGGGAACCGGAGGAGGCACCUGUGGUCGCCGCCGCCAUCCCCCCCAUCUGCGGGAGGAUGUUUUCCUUUUCUACCGUUCAGCCUCAGGCUACCGUUCCUCUGAGUCACCUUAUCAAUGCCUUUCAUUCACCAAAAAGCUCCACUACUACUGCCAGCACAGCAUCCGCACAGCCUGUCCAGAGGGAAGCCUCCCCAGAAAAUGAUCCUCAUAAGAGUGAGUCUGUACUUAAUUUAAGAGACCUGGGAUUGUCUGAUUUGAAAGCUAACCAGUUCAAAGAACUGGUGAACAGGUUGCUUCCUGGCUGCUAUGCGGAAAACAAAGUCUCUUCACAGUGGCAUACAUCAUACAUCUCUGCUGAGUCCUUCUUUGAAAAUAAGCAUGGUUUUGUGGAUGUUUUCAGUGCUUUACGCUCAUCUUGUUUGUAUAGACAGCGUCCUAAUCCCCUCCAAAAUUUCUGUUCAGAUGUUCGGUGUUGGCCAGUUUACAUACAAUCACGGAACUUUAAGACUUUGAGAUCAAGAGCAAGACGUCUGCAGUCAACAUCUGAACAAUUCACAGAAACAAAAAAUUCACUUUCUUCACUUUUGAAGGGCUUUAUCCUGAGAAAGCGAAGAAUUGAUGUUGAAAACUUAGAUACACUAAUGAAAACAAAAAACAUCCCAGAAGCACACCAGGAUGCUUUUAAAACUGGUUUUGCAGAAGGCUUUUUGAAAGCACAGGUAUUCCUGCAAAAAACACUUGAUUCAUUAAGAAGAUCCCGUUUACUUUCUUUCUUUCUCUUUGUUCUUUGUUUUUAUCUUGCUAUAUAUUCAUCAUUUUUACCUGGGAAAGGUUCCUUUUCUGAUGCUGUACGCUUUCGAACAUCGAGUAUCUUUGAUGCAGCAGUUGAUCCAAUCCAGUUGAAAAAUGUCACCUUUGAACAUGUAAAAGGAGUUGAAGAAGCUAAACAAGAAUUGCAAGAAGUUGUGGAAUUCCUGAAAAACCCACAUAAAUUUACUGUACUAGGAGGUAAACUUCCAAAAGGCAUUCUGUUAGUUGGACCACCUGGUACUGGUAAAACUCUUCUUGCACGGGCUGUAGCUGGUGAAGCUGAUGUUCCAUUUUAUUAUGCAUCUGGAUCAGAGUUUGAUGAGAUGUUUGUUGGUGUAGGAGCUAGUCGCAUCCGAAGCCUAUUCAGGGAAGCAAAAGCAAAUGCACCAUGUGUUAUAUUUAUUGAUGAGUUGGACUCUGUUGGUGGGAAGAGAAUUGAAUCUCCAAUGCAUCCCUAUUCAAGACAGACCAUUAAUCAACUUCUUGCUGAAAUGGAUGGCUUUAAACCUAAUGAAGGUGUUGUUAUUAUUGGUGCAACCAACUUCCCUGAAGCGUUAGAUAAUGCUUUAAUACGUCCUGGUCGCUUUGAUAUGCAAGUUACUGUUCCCAAGCCUGAUGUAAGAGGUCGUACUGAAAUUCUGAAGUGGUACCUUAAUAAAAUAAAGUAUGAUCCAUCUGUUGAUCCGGAAAUAAUUGCACGAGGCACAGUAGGAUUUUCUGGAGCAGAGCUUGAGAAUCUUGUAAAUCAAGCUGCCUUAAAGGCAGCUGUUGAUGGAAAAGAUAUGGUAACCAUGAAAGAACUAGAAUUCUCCAAAGACAAAAUUCUAAUGGGACCUGAACGUAGAAGUGUAGAAAUUGAUGAGAAAAACAAAACCAUCACUGCUUACCAUGAAUCUGGACAUGCUAUCAUUGCAUAUUAUACUAAGGAUGCAAUGCCAAUCAACAAGGCUACAAUCAUGACACGAGGAACAACACUUGGACAUGUAUCUUUGCUCCCAGAAAAUGACAGAUGGAGUGAAACUAGAUCCCAGUUGCUUGCACAGAUGGAUGUCUGUAUGGGAGGAAGAGUAGCGGAAGAGCUCAUAUUUGGAAGUGAUCACAUCACAACAGGUGCUUCCAGUGAUUUUGACAAUGCUACUAAAAUUGCAAAACUGAUGGUGACUAGAUUUGGAAUGAGCGAGAAGCUUGGUGUUAUGACCUAUACUGAUACGGGGAAGGUUAGCCCUGAAACUCAGUCUGCAAUUGAACAGGAAGUACGAACACUUCUGCGGGACUCAUACGAGCGAGCAAAGACCAUCCUGAAGACUCAUGCAAAAGAACACAAGAAUUUAGCAGAAGCUCUAUUGAAAUAUGAGACUCUGGAUGCCAAAGAAAUCCAAAUUGUUCUAGAGGGAAAAAAGCUAGAAGUAAGAUGAUAACUUCUGAAAUGCAGUAACUGAUGAUUUGAAGAAUGUACAUCUAGCAAUGCAGUAGUCUUACGCAGCAUAGCCUUUUUUUCCCUUUCUGAUGUGUGUAUGGCAUUAGUGACACUUUAAUAUUACUCUGUCUCUUGUGAGCUUCUGUUACUCAUCUUUUUGUUGUGUCUCAUCAGAAUAAGACACACAAAAUAAAGUAAAUUCCUCAUCCUCUGCUCCCUAUGCUCUUCCCACAAGAAUUAUUCAGAAAGAGAAAUCUCAGGGUUGAAUGCAGAAUUUUGAUUGAGUCGAAUGUGUUGAAGCUGAGAAGAAAAACAUGCCAAUAUACUGGUGUGUUUUGGCAUAGCUUCCUGGGUCAUACUGCUACAUGUGUUUGAAGUGAUACCCCACAGUGGAAUGUUGGAUGGAUAGUGACUGAUUGAUUUGUAAGACAGUAGUACGUAGUCUAACGAAUGUUCGUACUCUGAGGCUAGAGAUCACUUUUACAGAAGACUUCUUAAUUAGAAAUGUAACAAAACAUGCCAAGGAAUGAAGCGGCGACACAGUGCAUCUCUCUCAAAGGGAGUUGAGGGAGCCUUAUGUUAGACAAAAUCAUUAGUGAUUGUGUUUUCAGUGCUCUUGGGGUUAAAAUACACACAUGUAUGGCUGGGAGAGAAAUUUUAGUGCAAAACCAACAGGCUAAACUUGUCUAAGCCUCUUUGGACCAUGUUUUGGGCAGAAGCAUGGCAGGGAUAAGAAAUAACCUGUGACCUCUGAUGUGCUGCUGACAAGAUUAUUACUUUUUUUUAUUACUGCAGUAGAUGGAUAACAGUGCUUUUACACCACUGGAGAUUCUACAGAACUAGUUUUUACUAAUGCUAUGUGCGAGCGUUUGAUAAUCCAAGAGAAUUUUUUCAGAGAGGGGGCAGUAUUGCUCAGUAAAGAGUAGUUCAGAAAAUGUUUGAAGCAUGUAUUUGUUUCAGGUAACAUUCCCAGUUCUGUUCUACAGUAGAAGUUGGGAAAUAAAACCUUUUCUUUCAACCCUUACAGAAACCUCUGGAAAUUCAAAGAGAAUAAGAAUACUGGCAUGUAAUUGCUAGUGAUUACUUCCACUUGACUGGGAACUGCUUCUGUUUUCAAAACCUUUCUUAUCUCAUGGAAUUGAUUUUUAGGAAUAACACAUCUUGAUCAUAAUCUUUCUGCACAAUUAAUUGUAGACUCUUGGGACUGUAAACUUCUGUUGCAGAGAGGGCCCUUUAUUAGCAUGUUAAUGCUGAAAGCUGCCAUACUUGGACAUGAAAAUAGUUGGGCUGGUGCCAAUAAAUGUGAAUGGAAAUUGGCAACUAUACUUAAAACUAGAGGUAACAUAGUAUUUUAGAAUUUUCUGAGUGUAAUGCUUGAUUAUAACCUAGUUUUUUAGUAAGAGCACAUGCAUUUUUUUUCUUUCAAGCCCAGGAUAACUUCUAUUUGCCUAUUUUUGUCAGCUUACUAUAGUGACAUCCCAGUGCAGUGUGGGAGAACUCCCACAUGUUAUAAAACAGUAUAGCGAAUGUCUAGGCUGACUAGUUACAGUUGUACAUGUAUUUUAGGAAUAUGCCAACAGAAACAGAAAUAUACUGCAUUUGUUUUUUGAGUAAUAAAGGUUAAUUUUAAUUAUGCA